GCACUGGUCCUGAAUUUACUGUACUGCUUCACUUUUCCCUUAAAAAGGAGAAACUUGCAACCAAUGCUUUGGGCUUCUCAACAAGCAAAUGCUCGCCUCAAGUGUAUUUAUUUUCCCAUUCAUCAGGGGAAAGAGAAUAUUGAGAGGAUUUUGGAGAAGUUGGAUACUGAAGGAUGUGGAGUUAGAGAAAACUUUGAGAAUUGUUGUUGUGUCUCAAUUUGUCGUCUUGGUCGUCUACUUCCAGUUGCUCGUUGGAGACUGAUGUUCAAUCCAAUGCCAUCAAAGACUGAUUUGGCGCACCAUAAUCCUUUUUCCAUUGCUCUAAAGAACUUCAGCUAUAGGCCUCAGGAGAAAGAAAAAGGGAGUACCAGCAUUGGCUUCUUCAAAUGCAUGACAGUUAUGAUGAAGAAAUCGAGUCUGGUGAGGAUCAGCCAAUUCUUGUUGUCAGUCCUUUGAACAAGAAGGCACUACGAAUCUCAUCUGACGUUAUAGGGUUCAUCAAAUUCUGACGAGAAAGGGAGGGUUAUGGAAAAGUGGCCAGAGAAUCAAAGUUCUCAAGGGUGCAUGUGCAGGGUGUCAUAAGAACAAUGUUUAUGCAACAAUAGAAUAUUUUUUGAUUGAAGGAUUUCAGGGAGACUCUGGUGGAGAAGCUAGGAUUAUACGCAGCUCUAGUGUGGAAGGCCACUAGAUGUAGAAAAUGGCUGUAUCCUUUCUGUAAAUAGUGGUAAUGCGAGUUUAAAUAUUCAAAAGUCAUUAUCUC